AAAAAAAGAUCUCCACCACCAAUGAAGAGACGGCGUAAAGGCAGAGUAAACUCUGAAGCACCCCCCGACCAAUCAGCGGCGGAUUUCUCCUUCUCUCUAACCAGAGUCGCCGUCAGCCAAAUCUGCCUCUCCGUUGGAUACACAUCAACCGAUACCUCCUCGACGCUCAACUCUCUAACCCUAAUCACGACUAAGUUCUUGCAAUCAAUCGCUGAACUCGCGGCGUCGUUCUCAAACUCAGCUAAUCGCACGGAGGCUAACCUCUUCGACAUCGUCAACGGUCUGCAAGACACCGCCCUAGCCACGUCCGAUUGUUUCCCCGGCGGAUCCACGUUGCACAAAUCGCACUGCCUGAUCAAAUCCGCUGUUCUCCGUAACCUCUCCGAUUUCGUCGCCUCCGCUUUUGAGAUCCCUUUCGCAAAGCCGUUACCGAGGCUCGAAAUAGGAGAUUCGACACGUGUGCCUCCUCGGUCCUCACCGGAGAUGAAAUCGAUUCCAGCUUGGCUUCCGCCCUUCCCCGACUCUAGCCUCUACCUCGACCGAUGUAAAGAGGAUAAGUCCGAUCGUCUGUGGGAGAACUCCGAUUCUGUUAUUGCCUGUGAAAGUUUUCCGGAGAGGUCUAGAGGUAGAAACCGCAGAAGCGGAAGUCUACCGCUGAGGAGAGCGAGAGUCAGAUUCAAGGUGGAACGAGAUUGGAGCAAUGGCGUUGGCUCUUGUAAUAGUGAUACGAGAUUGGAACGUUGGAGGGAUAUUAACCAAGACGAAUAUGAGGUUAAGAAGAAAAUUGUAGAAGAAUACAUAUACGGUGCCGAUGUUGAUGCUGGCGAGUGGCCUAGAUAGCUAUCAUCUACUGGCGAUGGAGGAAAAAAAAUUCAAAACUGGAUACUCUUUGAACUGGAAUCGAACCCGCGAAGUUAGAUAGCAUCAUCAGCUGGUUAUACCACAUGAGCUGCAUCUUUACAUGUUUCAGUCUCUCAAUCUCUGUUUUUAAGUAUUGUAUUAAUAUAUUGAUUCCCUUUAUGAGGCUAUUCAUAUAAAAAUUUU